CGUGCACGUUCACGAGUGACGAGUCGAGUUGAGCGCGCUACGUGCUGCGUUCCCGUGGAUAUAACUUAGCCAAAUACGCCUUUCUCCGCAUUAAUAUUACUUUCUAAUAAUACGGUGCUUUUAAAAUUAAGCUCGGAAAAAGCCAUCUGAAACAACGGGUAAUUUUCUGUGAAAGUGGGGUUGCAGAAUGGCCGCCGAGGUGAACGGCAGCCCCAUGACAGCCAAGGAGGAGGAGGAGCCUAUGGACACCAGCGCGACACAGGCAGACAACUGUCAGAAGCUCAUCGACGCUGGCCUUGCCCAGAAAGUGGCAGAGAAGCUGAAUGACAUCUUCCUGACGGGGCUGGUGGCGUACGCAGACCUGGAUGAGAGAGCUCUUGAUGCCCUAAGGGAAUUCAACGAGGAUGGAGCACUUGCGGUCCUGCAGCAGUUCAAGGAAAGUGACUUGUCCCAUGUGCAGAACAAAAGUGCCUUUCUGUGUGGUGUCAUGAAGACGUACAGGCAGAGAGAGAAGCAGGGGAGCAAGGUGCAGGAGUCCACAAAGGGGCCCGAUGAAUCGAAGAUAAAGGCCCUCUUGGAGAGGACGGGGUACACGCUGGAUGUCACCACUGGACAGAGGAAGUACGGUGGACCCCCGCCUGCUAAGGCGUUUCAAGGAUCACAGCCUGGAAUCGGAACUGAGGUUUUCGUGGGGAAGAUUCCUCGGGACCUGUACGAGGACGAGCUGGUUCCCCUCUUCGAGAAGGCGGGUCCCGUCUGGGACCUGCGUCUGAUGAUGGACCCGCUGACGGGCCAGAACCGAGGAUAUGCCUUCAUCACGUUCUGCAGCAAGGACGAUGCGCAGGAGGCAGUCAGACUGUGUGACAACUAUGAAAUCCGCCCUGGCAAGUACCUGGGCGUGUGCAUCUCCGUAGCAAACAACCGCCUCUUUGUUGGAUCUAUUCCAAAGAACAAAACAAAAGAGAGCAUUUUGGAGGACUUCAGCAAAGUGACAGAGGGUCUGACGGAGGUGAUCCUCUACCACCAGCCGGACGACAAGAAGAAGAACCGCGGCUUCUGCUUCCUGGAGUACGAGGACCAUAAGGCGGCUGCGCAGGCCCGUCGCCGGCUGAUGAGCGGCAAAGUAAAGGUGUGGGGCAGCCCAGUCACUGUGGAGUGGGCCGACCCGGUGGAGGAGCCCGACCCGGAGGUCAUGGCCAAGGUGAAGGUGCUGUUCGUGAGGAAGCUGGCCACAUCUGUCACGGAAGAGCUCCUGGAAAAGACCUUCUCAGAGUUCGGUAACGUGGAGCGGGUGAAGAAGCUGAAGGACUACGCCUUCGUCCACUUCGAGGACCGAGAGGCGGCCAUGAAGGCAAUGGCGGAAAUGAAUGGGAAGGCACUGGAGGGAGAGGAGAUUGAAAUCGUCUUGGCGAAGCCCCCAGACAAGAAGAGGAAGGAACGGCAGGCAGUCCGACCACCUGGCAGAAACGCAGGGUACGACGAUUAUUAUUACUACCCACCCCCUCGCAUGCCCCCCCCAAUGAGAGGCAGAGGGCGCGGGGGCAGGGGUAGCUACCCGUACCCCCUAGACUACUUUACCAGUGAAGAUUACUAUGACGACUAUCACACUUAUGACUAUCAUGAUUACCGAGGCGGCUAUGAAGACCCCUACUACAGUUACGACGACGGCUACCCCUUGAGAGGGAGGGGCAGUAGGGGUGGGAGGGGCAGCCUUCUUCCAGCCAGGUCACGGGGAGCCCCACCCCCACGGGGGAGGGGAGCCUACAUCCAAAGAGGAGUGCCCCGGGGGGGGCGGGGGGGCCGGGGAUCACCCUUCCAGCAGCAGAGGGGCCGAGGAUCCAGGGGGCCUCGGGGAAACAGAGGGGGCAACGUGGGCGGGAAGAGGAAGGCCGACGUGUUCAACCAGCCGGACUCCAAGCGGAGACAGACCAACAGCCAGCAGAACUGGGGGUCCCAGCCCAUCGCCCAGCAGCCCCUACAGCAGGGCGCCGACUAUUCCGGUGGCGAUGCGAGAGGGGCAGCGCUAGCGUGAGGAACACAUCUCAGCUGUGUUCUUCCGAAAGGGUGAGCUGGUUUACCUCUUCACCGCUAAAGAUUGCCUCCUCUUCCUCACACCUGCACGUUACAGCUCGGACCCCGGCUCAGGCUAGAGUCAAAAUGUUUGUCUCUUGGGGUAAAGUUACUCAGAAUGGAAAAGGCCUACUCUUAAUACAACUAGACAAUCUUCCAUGAAUGAUUGGGUCUGUCAGAGAAAACUGAACACCACCUCCUAAUAAUUACUGGAUACGCUCAUCAGAUGAAUGCUCAUAAAAGGUGUCCCUAUCCCUCCAGCGACUGGAUUUAUGAAUUUUCCAAAUGGUUUCCCUAUCCUUACAAUAUAUAACAUUCCCUUCUCUCUGAGGAUCCUAAAGAGGUUUGUAAUCGUAAGUCAUCAUGAAGGAGGUAUAGCUGUUGUAAUCUCAGAGGCAGAUGGGCCUCGUGCUGAUUGGCUGAGUCUCCUUGCUUCAUGGUCUGGUAAUUAAAAAAAAUAAAGAAACCCCAAAUGCACAGAAUGAUUGGCCCUGCUCAGGAAGGACCUGGUGCAAUUUCAGGUAUUUCUCCAAUCAGGUUUUUCAUCCAGCAACCAAAAGAAUGUCUUUUUUUUUUUUUUAUCAUUAUGCUUCCGCAUCCUGAGUGAAGGAGUUCUGAUUACAGGUCUUACAUUGCAUUUAAAUUGGAGUCUUGCUCUUAAGAUUUUGAAAUGUUUCUGACAUUUUCUACAAAUUUUGAAUCAUGAAUAAGAUGCAUAAGCAAUAUGUGGGUAAUGCUCAGAAGGAGUUUAAUUUAAAUUGUGUUUAUUUACAAAGAAGAUUUAAACCUGAUCCAUUGUUUUCUAGGAUUGUGGGAGUCUGGGGGGGGGGGUGCAUCCAAGUCCACAGUGCUGAAGGAAUGUGUGUUACAUUGAUUUCUAUUAAGAGAACAUUUUAAUGGUGCAGAUGUCAUUACUAGCAGGGGUGAUGUACAACUCAGGGAUCCGUGUCUUGGUUGUGGGUUCGAAUCUCUAUAGCUGGCAGAGUGAUCAUAUUAUAUUUGGGCCCUUGACCGAGGCGCUUAACUGCAGCUGCUAAAGGGAUGGCCGAUCCUGCUCUCUGACCUCGAAAACUUUCCUCACUUUGAACAAAAACGUCUGCUAAAUAUGUAAAUGAAAAUUGAUUCAUUUUGAAAUCUCUAACCUUUAAAAAGCUCGAUUUGGCAGAAAGAAGCCAUGACGGUGUCGAUAAGUCUGAGAUCAGAAAUUCUGUUCAUGUCUCAGGGUCUUUGCUGUUGUGGGCUCCAGGGGCAUCAGAUCUUCAAAUAAAUCUUUCACAGUGAAGAUUCCAGUAUUCAGAGCUGCUGUACAAGUCUGCCAACCAGCAAGCUGAUCCUGUGUUCUGUUGCCAUGCGACAUACUCCCCCCAAAUAUAAACGUACUGGCCAUUUGAAAUAUUCAAGGUACCAUUAUUAUGUCAAAUGAACACUAAUAAUCACAAAAAAUUUAACAUAGAGACUCUUUUCACAAAUUUUUUGUGAAAUUAAAUUUUCCACCAGUUCAGUAUUUCAGCAGGUAUGAAGAAUUAACGUUCUAGAAACCAGUCCACCGCAUUUGAAUUGGAACCCUUGUGAAGGUUUUAGUUAUGGCAUGCGGAGGGUUAAGAUUUCUUGGGGUAUGAAUACUGGGUGAAGAAGAGAGCCCCCAGGAACUGUUUUCUUUAAAGUGUGUUAACCCCUUGCUUUUGUCACCUGACUAUCAGGAAUGCGUGUCUCGAAGGCUCCGCCCAGCCGUGUCACAGUGUGGAUGUGGGCUUCAUGUCCGAGGAGGUCAUGGGGACUGCUGGGUAAGGUCGCCGUCCUAACCCCUCCACCUGCUUUGCUUCUGGUUUCAGUCUGAUUUCAGGGGAGGAAAAGGGGAUUUUCCCCACAAUAUGGAGUCCCGAUUCCAGGACUGGAUUCCAGGAAUUUUAUUUUGGUAGGGAUGAAUGCCAGUCACUUUCAGCUUCCAGAAAAGUCUGUGAACUUACUGAGGGAUUCCAUGUUUGUGGUCACCAGCCCACCCGGAAGUGGCAUAUCAUGUAAAUGCCUAAUUUUAUUAUUAUUGAAUUUACUUUACAACCUUUAUGAUCUUGUCACUUAAGCAAUGAACACAACUAGUUGGCUGUCUGGCUGUACCACAGUCAACUCAGAGCAUUGUCGGUUUGGUUUCCACAGAAUGUCAACUGCACUUGAUACACAGUAUAACACAGUACAGAAUAUUUUUAUCCAACAGGAAUUUCAGAUUGUAUCUGAUAUGAGUAGACUGUCAAAUGAUUAAAGUGCUGUCAAUUGCCAAUAAAGUUUUAAACAGGUA